AUGAGGUGUAAAAAGCAUUACACGGAUGUUAGUAGUGCAAUUGGCGUAUGCGCGUGUUGUCUCCGUGAACGUCUUUUAAUUCUCAUUGUUGCACAAGAACAAUCCUCCUCAUUAGCUACUAAUAAUACGACGUCGUUUCAUCAUCAUUCUGUUUCUCCUUACAUCAGCCACCGAAAAUCUGAUCCUAACCGUUAUCCUCCAAACGCGCCACGUCAUCACCACACGUUCUCCGAUCAACUGUCGUUUCAAACGCCGCAGCUCAAUCCAGUGAAAGCCGCCGGCGACGUCUCCGGCGCAGUUCAUUCUAAUAAGAAACGCAGUUUUAUUCGGUUUUUUUCGUUUCCUAAUAUAUUCAGAUCUAAAAACCGGAAUCCGGUAGAUCCAACCGACGACGGAGAUGAAGCCACGUCAUCAGCGUCGUGGUUCUCGAUUAUGUACAAUAAACGUAACCGCCGCAAAAAAACAGCUUCCGUCGAUGAAACAAAAACCGCUGCCGCCGUAUAUCCGAAUGUUACCGGUGUUCGGCGGCAGUGCGGCAACCGAGGAAUGUCACCGGUGAGGACAUCUGAGUAUAAUGAAGACGAACUAUGUACGGAAUCUGUCAACGGUUAUGAAUCAACGGAAUCGUGGAAAAACACGCCGCGGCGGACGCCGGCGGUGAAGCGCGGCGGCGGAGGAGGACAUGUACGGAAUCUGUCGUUUUGUUUAAGCCCGUUAGUUCGAGCUAGUCCUAACAGGCAAAGGAAUAACAAAGGAUUACAACCUGACGGCGGUUUUUCCGGCGAAAUCAGAGCUCCGGUAAAGCCGCACUUAUCAAAUACAAAAUCAUUUUGUGCGAAUAGAUCUCGGAAAUUAGCUGAUUUUGGAAGGGCGAAUCUCAUCCGUUGA